AUUGCUGGUGUGGUGUGAACACUACACGUACACAGGGAUGAUGCACACAUACACAUUUUAUUCCAACUCCACCUCACCCUUCUGGGUAUAAAGAGGCAUCACCAUUCUGCAUUUUCUUCAUUGCAUAACCUCUUCAUAGUCCCUUGACACACUUCAAUACUAGAAAGUAUUGUGAAUUGUUUGUAACAGCAAAAUGAGCUAUCCACAUUAUCAUAUGGGCUCUGGUAGUAGAACUGCUAGGAGAAGCUUGGAGUUUGGGAAGACACAUGUGGUGAGGCCAAAAGGAAAACACCAAGCUACUAUAGUUUGGCUGCAUGGUCUUGGUGACAAUGGUUUGAGCUCUUAUCAGCUGCUGGAAUCUCUUCCACUUCCAAAUAUAAAAUGGAUUUGCCCAACUGCUCCUACCCGUCCUGUAACCAUACUUGGUGGUUUUUCUUGCACUGCAUGGUUUGAUAUGGGAGAACUUUCAGAAGAUGGUCCAGAUGAUUGGGAGGGUUUAGAUGCCUCAGCAUCACAUAUUGCCAACUUGUUGUCAACAGAGCCAGCUGAUGUGAAAGUAGGAAUUGGAGGCUUCAGUAUGGGUGCUGCAGUAGCUCAAUACUCUGCAACUUGUUUUGCCAUGGGAAGGUAUGGAAAUGGCAUCCCUUACCCUGUCAACCUAAGAGCAGUUGUUGGACUCAGUGGCUGGCUUCCAGGAUCAAGGAGCUUAAGGAACAAAAUUGAAGUGUCACAUGAAGCAAGAAGGCGAGCUGCUUCGUUACCUGUUUUGCUGAGCCAUGGAAUCAGUGAUGAUGUAGUCCUCUACAAAUACGGAGAGAAAUCAGCUCAAUCCUUAAGUUCAGCAGGGUUUCGAUACAUUACAUUCAAAUCCUAUGAUGGGCUUGGUCAUUAUACCGUUCCUAGGGAGAUGGAUGAGGUCUCUAAUUGGCUUAGCUCAAGGCUGGGGCUUGGGGGAUCCACAUGAAUAGCAUAGUAUAAGUCAGGGCAUGCUUGUAAAAUAACGAGUGGCUUCAUCACAAAAUGGUUUAUCUGGCAAUAUAUGGUAUAAAAAGAUUAGUGCAUGUUUGGUGUGCAGUUGAAAUUGUUGUCACACAUGUUCCAAAACAAUUCAAUAGAUAAAAGUAAAAUGAAAGAAAAAGUAUGGGUCAUGAUCCUUUUCCACCUGGUUUCCAAACGUGCACUUAGUCUUAUGAGUUCCUUUAGUCAUGAUGCUGAGAAAUAAAGAUCUUAGAUUUGAAUGUGUUUUCAAGUAGUUCUCCCCCUUUAUAUUAUCAUAGUACCUAGAGACAGAGUCAGCAGUACUGUUGGAAAAAUUUUGUUUUACUGUAUUGUAACAAUAUAGGGUGCUUAGCUGUGUUGUUUAUCAAUUUCGGAGUGUUUUGUUCCUUAUCUUUUCUUUCUUUCUUUUUUGUUUCGGUAUCAAUGCUUGCAUGGAAAUUUGGAGCUAUGAAAUCUUGCAAACUAUUUAAA